UCCCAACAGCUUGGACGAACGGCUCGAUGGACGAGGUCUUGAAAUUCCACACAACAUGGCCCCUGCGUCUCUCUACGCCCGUAGCAACGGUUCGGCAUCUUCAGCGUCGCCACCCACUGUCUCAACGCCCUCCAUGCUAAUAGUCCCACAACCCAUCAACGCCGCUAAGAUGCCGCCCACUCCGCCUGGCAUUGGACAAAACCCGCCCAAUAAUGGCUCGGCCAGAAAGUACCAAUGCAAGAUGUGUCCACAGCUGUUCGCCUGUAAUCUGUCGUAUACUACCCCACAUCGGGAGAUCAGCCAAGAUGGGGUCAGUAGGUUAUGAUUCAUUUUUAACAUUUGAGCAACGAUCAUUUUGUUCGGUAAAGCUGUUUGGUGUGUCAGAACUAGUGAUUGAUUUAUGUAAACAUGUUGUUCAUG